AUGGAAACUGCUGAGUUCUAUUACGUUUAUUACUUAGCCCAGGAUUAUCUGCAGUAUGUGCUCCAGGAAUCACACCUCGGACCAGCCCAGACCAGGGUUGCUCAUGUCUUGAGAACCAUGGCAUCCUCUCUGCAAGACCAAACCGAGGAGGCUCUCAGGCCACUCCUGGACAGGAUUGACAUCACCUCUGUAGCUGUUGCCAAGAGAAUUUUCAAUGGAGUCAUGGAUGAAAAGUUUGCUGAUGGAAAUACUAACUGGGGACGAAUUAUGACCAUAUUUACAUUUGGAGGUCUUCUCACCAAGAAGCUUCAAGAGCAUGGGGUUCAGCUGACUGCAGAGGAGAAGGAGCAGAUCUCUUAUUUCAUCACAGAGUACAUCAUAAACAACAAAGCCGAAUGGAUUGAUGCGAAUGGUGGCUGGGAAAAUGGCUUCCUAACAAAGUUUGAAAGAAGAUCACUACUGUCCUUCUCCAAAAUUACAGCCCUGUUCAUAGCUGUUGUUUCCUUGUUCAGAGAGUACUACUGAAGUAAAAGGAUCUGCCAUUCAUGUGUAAUCUAGAUAUUGCCACAAACUUCACUUCUCAGCCUUCCUCCAAGCAAUAUCAACAAGAGAAUAAUUUCCUUCCAUAAUUUGUUUUUAAUUUAUUUGUAUUUAUUUUGACUAAAUACAAUGAUUAAUAUGCUAUCCUAAUUACCAAAUCUGAAGACGAGAUCCUUCCACAGGGGAACCUGCACAACAUCAUGCAGCAAUUCAAGUCCACCUUUCCAGGCAGGAUUGCUUCGAGACCAUUUUCCACAUCCAGACAGCUCUUGGAAUCUCUCUUGCAUCUCCAUGAAAGGACAUUGUUUCAGUGAAAUACAAUCCAAUGGGUUAAGAAACAAGUUUUUAUGUC